AUGAAUGGCGUAACUGAGAACCAUGCUUCUUCAUCUUCAUCUUCUUCAUCUUCAUCUUCACGUUCUCGAACCAAUAUAGUCUACAUCCCGGAAGGAGGAUAUGAAGGUCAACCUCAGCCUGCAUUUGACUACCAUUCACUAGAUGGACAAGAUCCUUCAAUAUGUAUAGACAACGGUGCACAAUCGUGGAGAGCAGGGUUCAGUUCAAUGUCCACUGCCUAUAUAGAUAGACCGAAUGUCAUAGCUCGUUACAAAGAAAGGAAGAUACAGAAAAACCUGUUGUUAUUUGGGAGAGAUACAGAAGUAGAUGCGAAUUCCAGGAGUAAUAUUAGAUCAAUGUUUGAUGGUGAUCUAUUGAUUCAUUCGGAUUUACUUGAAUGUGCAUUAGACUAUACAUUUUGCAAGUUAGGGAUAGAUUCACCGAAGAUAGAACAACCGAUUGUGAUGACUGAAAGACUAGCCAAUCCCUUAUUCAGCAGAGCGAUGACCUCUGAGCUCCUGUUUGAACUCUACAAUGCCCCCUCAGUGACAUACGGCAUAGAUUCCUUAUUCGCGUAUUCGAGACAAGAACAUCAAGAUGGUUUAGCUAUUAGUUUGGGUCAUCAAGCCAGUACCGUAAUACCCAUCAUGAACGGGAGAGGAAUAAUGAGUCGAGCUAAAAGAAUACCGUGGGGCGGAGCACAAGCUUCUGAACUGAUGCUAAAACUAGCUCAACUCAAAUAUCCUUCCUUCCCCUUGAAAGUGACUCCUUCACAAGCGACUUUCAUGCUUCGUGAGACGUGUUAUUUCUCCACAGAUUACGACGGAGAAUUACGUUCUUUAGCAUCACCACAAAAAUUGUCAGAGAUCACCAAAGUCGUACAAUUCCCUUAUACGCCACCUGAGGUGAACGAGAAAACCGAAGCAGAAUUGGCGGCAGCUUCGGAAAGAAGGAAGGAGCAAGGAAAGAGGUUACAGGAAAUGCAAGCUAAGCAACGAGCACAAAAACUCGCGGCCAAAGUUGCUGAAUUGGAAGAAUAUAAACUUCUUCAAUCUGAAAGAUCACAAUUCAAAAAAGCAGAUUUCUUAUCACGAUUACGUGAGAUGACUCCAUUUGAGACUGAAGCGGAAUUAGAUAGCUAUGUUAAAAAGACUGAAAUUGAAGUGAGAAAAAAGCAAAGAAAAGAUCUAGGAAUGGAAGAUGAACCUGAAGAAGAACCUGUUUUCCCACUUGUUAACAGGCCAGAUGCUGAAUUGACAGAAGAAGAGAUCAAAGAGAAAAGAAGACAGAGACUGAUGAAGGCCGGUUGGGAUGCUAGAGUCAGAGCCAGAGCGGAAAAACAGAAAGAAAGGGAAAGAUUGGGGGAGGAAAAGCGACUAGAGGAAGAAGAAAGGACUACCAAUCCUUCAGGAUGGUCUUCUCGUCUAAAAGAGGAACAAGAGUCUGUCAUUGCACGUAUACAAGAACGUAAGAAGCGAAAGGCGCAACUAGGAGACAGGAAAUCUGCAGCAGCUCAAAAUAGGAUGAAGAAUAUCGCUACUUUGGCUGCAGAAGAGAAGACCAGUAACAAGAAAAGAAAGAAGGGAGAAGAUGACGACGGCUUCGGGAUGGACGAUUCCGACUGGCAUGUAUAUCGAGAAAUUGGAGGUGAUGAGGAGUCUGAAGCGGAAGAAGAUGAUCAAACAGCAUUAAUGUCAAUCGAAUCAAGAUUGUUACAAUACGAUCCAACAUUUGAUGAAGAACAAACUUUGAUAGGAAGAGCAGAAGCUAAGAACAAACUCAUUAAUGCUUUCGUUCAUGGCGGAUUACCUCUCAACCAGAAGUAUGACUUCGAAGACAUGCAACUGAACCAUCAACUGCAUUUGAACGUAGAGAGAAUACGUGUACCUGAGACUUGGUUCCAACCUAGUAUGUGGGGGAUCGAUAGUGCUGGUCUAGGUGAAGUUGCGGGUUGGGUUUUGAAUGGGUUUGAUGAGGAAGAAAGGAAGAGGAUCAUGCAGUGUAUAUUCAUCACUGGUGGAUCGGCAAAUAUCCCAAAUUUGAUUCCCAGAAUGCGUAAUACUCUCACACCAAUCUUACCGUUCAGAGCACCAUUGAAGAUCGUAUCUUCAUUGGAUGGUGGUGAUCCAAGACUAGAAGCUUGGAAAGGUAUGGCUGAAUGGUCAUCCACAGCCGAAGCGAAAGAAGCAAGAGUCACCAGAGCGGAAUACGAAGAAUAUGGAGGUGAAUGGUUGAAAGAACACAAAUGGGGUAAUGUGCCGCCAUGA